GCAACCAGACUACAGGAAGUUGUUGGAGUGUUUGAAAAGCAGGAAUGUUCUUGAACACAGCCUCACCUCGGAAGUCUUUUAGCGUCCCCAUUAGCAUCAACCUACAGGGUGCACGGAGGCGACAGACACGGGAGAUCCUCCACCCUUUGGCAGCGAGGGAGCAGGUGUGGCGGAGAGGAGGGUACGGGCGCGGAGGGGAGAGGGCCAAGGCUCAGGUGAUGGCCUCCAGUGUGGGGGAGGACAGAGCCAUGCUCAUGGGCUUCAGCAUGAUGGCCUUCUCUGUGCUCAUGUACUUUCUGAUCGGGAUCACUCUGGUUAAACCCCACCUAAACAGUGACUGGCAUGAGGAGGCCAGCUGCUUGCUGGUCCAGGUUGAUGUUCUGGAUGAGUGGGCCGACUGCAGAGGGGUCAGCACUGCCCCAUGCCUGAGGGUUCUGGUCAACCUCAGUACCUCUGGACAGAAGGCUCGCCUACACUACGAUGAAGAGUCUAUACUCCUCAACCCUGAGUGUUUCUACAUACCCAAAUGUCAAGUAGACAGGAAAGUCCUUGUGGGCGAAGUGCAGAAAAUCCAAAACACUUUGGAGGAGACACAAGGCAGUGAGUUGCGUUGUCUUUCCGACCCCAGAAAAUACCCAGAGGACACCAUUUUGAAGAGGAAGUACACAUUAGGCCUUGCCCUGUGGUCUCUGCUGUGGCCCAGCUUGAUGCUGGGUGGGGGAGCUCUACUGGUGGGCCUGGUGAAGCUCAACCAGAGACUGGCACACCUCUGUACGGAGCUGGGUAAUGAGGUAACAGGGGGUAGGCUGACAACGAUGACAAAUACCCAAGGCAAACUCUAUCAGCUCCUUAGGGGGUCUGGCUCUGGACAGCACUCACCUAUGCAGGAUGACUCAGUGAAGUGAUAGCUGACAGUGGCUGUGUUCCAAUAUGCAAUAAGUGUACUACAAUGUGUAUUGAAUAUAUCCAGUGAAAGGACAUGGAGAUAACAUACUGUGUAGGUGAUCCCCACUGUAAGGAAGGGAGUCCAUGUAUGGGUUGAUGUAGUAGGAAAUGGAAAUAAUUACAUUAUCCACCUUG